AUGGGUCUAGACCUCUCUCUUCUCAGCUAUAAGGCGACUUCUCUGGAACUCGGCAUCCCCAGUCUACUCAGCUCUAGCGGUACUUCCAGCACUGGAACCAGUCCCGAAACAUUUCAGACUUUUUCUGACCCGGCCAGAGGCCUGGAAGUGGGUUCCGAACCCUUUUCCUCUGAGGCUAGUCGGGCUCCGGGGCCAAUCAGCGUAUCUCGGGCCCAGGACCAAACUGGAAAAUUGUGCAGUAGCAAAGACGAGAGUGAGCUCCGGAGAAAAUGGCAAAAACACCUCGAGCUGCCUACAGCCCUUGUCGACAAAGUAGCCGUUUCCAGCUGUCCCAACUUCUCAUCGCCGCCGCCUACCUCCCAAGUGCUAGCGCAACCACGUACCUCGGCCGCUGGGCUGGUCGCAUGGUCGACGGCGGCUGACCAGAUGUCGUACAUUCGCUCACGCUGGCACCAUCUGCUGCUCACCACUCCGCCGGACCUCUUGUUGGCCGAACUGCUUCGGGCCGGUCAGGCGGCACGGGCGGGCCAGAGUCUGACGGCAGAAGUGCCUUCGCAAGGGUCAUUCAGGUCUACAGGCCUGGCAACAGGCCAGCCAAGUCCUGGGGCCAUGCCAACCGGCCGAAGCAUCAGUACGUCUACAGGUCCUCAAAGCGCAAACCAGGCAGAUCCUUACUCUAAACACAAUGUUGCUGGAGAUAGCGCAACAAGGAUUAAAAGAGGAGCCGGAGUUAAGGAAAGAGGUGAGAACGAAACGGCUAGAGAGGACUGUUUGCUGCGACUAGAACGAGACAAAGCUACCACGCAAGAAGGCAAAAGCAUGAGUCAGGAUAAGGAAAGGCCUUCUGAGACGGCAGGAGGACCUGUUGGGGAGACGAGAAAAUGGAGGAGAUCGGAGUCUUGGAGAGGAUUCAAGAGAGCCGAAUCCAUUGCCAGUCUUCCGGGCGAGAACAACGUGGAAGAACGCGAGCAGUCCAGGAUGCAUCGAGCCUGCAUGUCUGAGUCCAGGUCGCCAAAUGAUGCCGGACUGUUUGUUGAAUGUCCUGUCUCCCGCCCCGGCGCAUGCUCAUACAGCUUGGCUGAUGUGCGAACCAUCUGCUCUGAGUGUCAUCUUUGCGCCAGCCUUGGCCUAGGAUCUACUUCCACAAUCAGCUCGGUCGCUAGCAUGGCACGACCUUUGGUGCCGGCUGAAGAGGCUAAAGUGAGCCGAACUGAGCGAGAAACGUGUGCAGAAGGAGGAGGAAAUACUGGGCCUGGGGUAGUUGCUAGGAUAGAAGAGCAACCACUUGACCUAACCGUCAAAAUGGAGGAGGCCAUAGCAGUGCGAAAAAUGGGUGAAGAUCAGCCUCAUAGAUUUAUUGAUAGAAUGGUAGAAGCCUUGAGGUGA